UGAUGUCAGUCAAAGAGAACAAAAGAAAGGUUAACACAAUUAGAGUCUGGUUAGGUUAAAUUAGCAGUUUCGUUAAAACGCAUACUGUUAUUUUGGUAACAAAUGAUAACCUUAAGUACUUAACAUUAGCAGCAAGCUAACUAUUAGCGAGAACGCAACUGCAAUAACGCAGUGCAAAAAAGAGGACACCAUUACUUUUGUGUGACAAACUGCAGACACUUUCACGCUUUAGAUCAUAUAACAGUUGGUUUGACCUCUAUCGGUGCUGUCGUAAUCGAUCAUUACAUUUAAAGUUGACGGGAACGAGGCAUUUUCACCGCUCUUGUUAGCAACAGGAUUACCUCCGCGUCCUCCGCAGCCAUAGAGACCACGCCACCUCUACGUAUUACGUCAUCGUUGCGUGCUCAGUUGCUGGGAAACGGUAGACUAAAUGGAACAGUAAGACAUACAAAGACGAGGGUAAAGUCUCCGAGCCAAAGAUGCCCCGCUCUGCAUCCAAGAACCAAGCUGACAAGCGUAGGUCUAAGUCAUCUAUCCAGGUGACCGCUCCUCUGGUGCAGGACCUGGAAGUUAACAAUAUUAUCCAUGGUCACAUAACUCAGGCCCAGUGGACAGAUAUGUUGAUUAAGGAGGAUGCAGAUGAGACCGUGGGGGAGAUCAUGGAGGAACUGCUGAGCAAAGUCAUGGAAGGCUGCUUGAAGGUGUACAUUGAAAGACAGAUAGCACCUUUUUCUGCAUCCUGGGCCGAGAGUUACUUCACACAGAUUCUUGAGCAGCAAAUUGUGUGUCUAGAUGAAGGGGAAGGACCAGAGGAAGCAUCUAAAACAGAAGACACAGAGCCUAUGCCAGCAACUUCAGAUGCUUGGGCUCAAGGAUGUGUGCCUGUUGUAAAUGUUGUCCCUAAACCUCAACCCGCCUCACAGCAGGAAAUUGACAUUGGCCGGAUCCCAGCACAAACAGAGCCAACAGUCAACCAGCAAUGUAAUGCUGUGGAACAAACAAACAGAUCUCCAAAGCAAUCUGAAAAGGAAACAAGUCCCUGGAGGCCUGUCCUGGACAAGCGCUAUAAAAUACCCAGUCCUCGACUCUCACCACAAGUUGAUCAAAAGAGAAAACAACAGAUUAUUUUACCUCCCAAGCCUGUUCCAGGCAAAUUGCUGCCACCCAUGUCCCAUUCAGCAGAAAAAAAGAAUGUGAAGAUAGUGAAUAAACGUGAGACACAUUCUGUUUGUAACAGUACAGCUGGACCAUCAUUUCACAAAAAGGACUACCGCCAUAUACCAAGGCUUGAUCCCUCCCGCCUGCCCCGACACAGCGUCUUGCCGCAAUAUGAGAUUUUAGAUAACAACCACUCAAAAUCCAACACCAAGAAACUAAGUGGAUUAUCCAAACUAGAGCAAAGAUAUAAAAAGCAGCAAACUGAGUGGACAGUAACCUCCUUGAAGCCACUAACCAACUCCACAGACCAGCCACAGAUGUCUCCUUCUAGACAUACAAAGCAAGGAAUAUCAUAUUCUGGGCCUCUGAGACUGGACACAAUGGAGUUGGCCAAGGGUGUUUCGCUCCUGGAUCCCCAGACAGCUGACAAUAACUCUUUCAAAUUUAACUCUCCUGUUUGGUCUACCAAGCUGAGGACGAUACAAAGUGAAACAGCUGUGCCACUGUAUUCAGUUGAACAGGUUACCGCCGGUCCACCACCUCAAGUCACCCCGUUGAUUGAUAAAUAAAUGUUUGUAUCUGUAUUUAGAGGAGAAUGAGCUUUAUAUGUCAGCUACAAGAUGAGCUGUGAGGAUACUGGACAUGUAAAAAACAUGACUCAAUUCAUUUUUGUGUUUUUUUUUUGCUAUUCUAUAUUGGCAAUACAACAGUGAGAUCCACUGUACAUGUUAUAAAAAUAGUGCCUGAACUGUGAAUACAAUGUAUGCAUUGCCAUUGCUUUGAUAUUAGUUUAUAAUAAUAAAUACAACGGUCUU